AUGUACUACUGCAGACACAGACACCAACCCCAUCCGCCCAACUGUAUCCCUAACUCGGACACAGCCCUGCUCGCCCCCUUAAGGCCAGCCACACCGGUGGUUGUAGAGGGAUUUAACUCCUUCUGCAGCGCAUGCGCCGAAAACACAGACACAAACAAGGAGGGGGUGGGGGAAGAAGGAAGGAGCUUAAGACACUCCGGGAGAGUAGCGCGCACCCUCCCAUUUUGGGCUCGCGCUGCUGCCGUUAAGGCGGGAACCGGCGUUAUCUCUAUUCCAGCGCCAGCCACACCAACCACCGUGCGCGUGGAUCUGCAGGCUCGCGCUGGCGGCCUGAGAGAGCUCGCGCCGAGCCCGGACACUGCGCCUGCGCCGCAGCGGAGACUCGUCUCUACCAGGAUGCCACUGGAAUCGUCUUCCACAUCAGUGCCACCCUGCUUCCCUUCUGUGUUACCCUCAGUGCCUGAUGACAUUGCCAACUCUUCCCCCCCUCCAAUGUCUUACAUCACUUCCCAGGAGAUGAAGUGUGUUCUUCACUGGUUUGCCAGUUGGUCAGGUCCCCAGCGGGAACGUUUUCUCCAAGACCUGGUCGCUAAGGCAGUGCCAGGAAAGGUGCAGCUACUGCUGGAUGGUCUGGAGCAGCUCAGUGUAUCUGCGGCAAGUCGACCACCGUGUAUCUUUGAGUGUCAGCUACGUCUUUGGGAUCAGUGGUUUCGAGGUUGGGCUGAGCAGGAGCGCAAUGAAUUUGUCAGGCAGCUGGAGGUCGGUGAGCCAGAUUUCGUGGCAAAAUUUUACCAAGCAGUGGCUGCCACUGCUGGUAAGGACUGACAGGUAUUCAGAUCAAGCGAAUGACGUGAUCACGCCAAGGCCAUGACUGUAGUGAUGAUUCAGUGCAACUGUGUCACUUAAAGAAUCACCUGAACUGCCAGGGUAGUGGUCCACCGUUUAUUCCAGCACCCAGGAGGCAGCCUGGUCUACAUAGCAAGUUCCAGGCCAGCCAGCAGUACAAAGUGAGACUCUGCCUUUAAAAAGAUUUUUUUGGCAUGGACUUCCUGUUGAGUGCUAACACUGUUGUACCCUGGCAGUACGUCACUUGGACUCUCUCCAUUUUUAGCAAAUCUGAUUUUUUUUACAGGAGAUGUCUAAAUCUCAAGAAUUUAAUGACUGCUUUUGUCACUAUAACUAACAGGAACCAGUAUCUUGUAACUCGAGUCCAGAGCUGGCCCAGAUGUGGCUGCUUUUACCACAUCUACCCAACUCUAACAUAAUUAUGUAAUUUCCCAACUGCUGGGUUUCCCAGCGGUGAUUUAAUAAAAUUAAGGAAAAUUGA